AUGGUCGACUUCUUUGGUUCCUCGAACGCUACUCUCAGCUCCGCUGACAUGGUCGCGAAGAAGGAAGCUGUGAAGCGCCAGAUUCAGGCAGAGACUGGACUCGCUCAGGCUCAGGAACUCAUGAACGUGGGUCAUGCUCUACUUGGAGGAACAACGUAUUUCAAACUUACACUUGGUGAACGGCUGCAGAACUCGACUGAGAAGUGCUACGCACGGUGUAUCGUCACACCCGGUAACGACUUGUCAAACAAGGACAAGACAUGUCUGGCCUCUUGUUUCGACAAGUAUCUCCAAGCCUGUACGUCCCCUCCCUCAUCCCAUCCAAAACCCAUGCUUACUUACCCCGCGCCUACCCGAAUUCCAGUCAACACCACGUCCUACACUACUUAUUGGCUUAUUGGACCCCCAUCCCCCACCUACCACCUAAUGCAAAAGUAUUUCUGGGCCAUAGGCCGGACUCGCUGGAACUACUUGUCGCUGGUCUCCGCUCUGUGUGAAUGUGAAGAAGAUUGUCGUCCUGGCUUGCUUUCGCGACCAACUUGGGAUGGAAUUACCAGAAACUGGUGUAAUCCUGCCCUUCCGCCCCAGGAGCUGUGUGAGAGAAUGCAGAACACCCGAAAGACACCCGGAUGGUGUGUCCGGAGCCACAAAAAUAUACGAUUCGUCAAACUGGAAACCAAGUCACAAGAAAUAGUCCUUCCAAAACGAAGAUACGUUCUACUCCCACCACUCCCCCAUCCAAGGUACCUGCCACUGCCACCUGCAAACUACAAUUACACCCCAAAAAAUCCAUUAACCGUCCUCGCCACCAUAUGCAUCCUCGAGAACGGGAUCAAAAAACUAUCCUAG